AUGACCGGCCCCGCGAACAGUUCAUUCAAGCUACUUUCCGAGUUAUUUAAAGGUUUCAGCCUCCUCUCGGAUGAUCUGGCAAUGCUGAAAGAGUCCUGGGCGUAUCUACUCGAAUCCGAGCCAAACGAAAUCUGGGAACCUAGCAUCCCGGCGUUUGCUAAAUCUCGUCUCUGGAUAGCAACACCUCCAUGCUCGAUUGAUCCGUUUAGCUCUUCUCAAUUUCAAAUUGACUCGAUGUAUCACGGCGCCAUCCCAAGUUUUGAACACGGAUACCACCUCAGCAAACUCCUCGAAGUUUUAUUGGUCCGCGAACUGGUUUCUCGGCUCAACGCGAACAAAACCUCGACCUCACCGCCCGUGACUAUAACAAUCGUCAACCCGGGUCUAUGCGUAUCCUCGCUCGACCGAGACUCGAUUCUCAUCUUGCGAAUCAUCGGGUACAUCCUGCGCUACUUGCUUGGACGAUCUCCUGAAGUCGGAGCCCGGACGCUCGUGUAUGGGGCAUGCGCGGGCCCGGAUUCACAUGGCGAAUUCAUGUCAGAUGGACAGAACCAGGGCGUUGAGCAAUGGAUUUACUCUGACAUGGGCAAGAAAGUGCAGAAGAAGCUGUUUGAACAGACGAUGAAGGUCCUGGAGGCGAGAAAGCAGGAAAUUGGAAAGAAAGUUGGCCUUGGAUGA